CAACAACGACGACGACGACACCAUCAACAACAACAACGGCGACAACAACAACAUCAACACCACCAACAACAGCACCAACGGCUGCGGCGACCACCACCCAGCCAUCUACAACUACCCCGGCACCACGAAGUUGCAGCCUUCCAGGGCUCUCUCCGCGCAUUCUGGGCGGGAGCACGGUGAGUGUCUGCGACAGGCCGUGGAUGGUGCACUUCGUGGCGGACACCACUGACGGAUUUCUCCCGACGUGUUCCGGAGUUCUCAUCAGUAAUACGAAGAUCUUGACGUCAAAACCAUGCGUGGACGAAUUUUUACUACACGAAUUUUGGAGCUCCAAAAUGGUUGCCCAAUUCGCCGACUCUGAGAAAUAUCUACAAACACAGCGGAAGGUCACUCCAGAAAACGUUAACGUAAAUGGAAACCUCGCCAUAGUGACAGUGAGGAAGGUUCCACUGGAUGUAGACUUUUGUAUAGACAAGGUCUGUCUCCCCGAUGAGAACACCGUCUUCUCGGAAGAUGCCAACCAAAAAUGCAAGACCGCGUCAUGGGGACUGCCAAAUCCGUUUGAUCAGCUCCAGGAGACAGACGUCAACUUGUGGUCUGUGGACAUCUGUAACGGAGUUCUUGACACUCUGACCCGGUACAACGUAGUUAACAUGACCGUGCCAAGCGACGGAGUUUGUUCCAGUCCAAUAGGGUCCAAGAGCUCCGCAUGUGACAUUGACGGGGGAGGCAUGUUGUUGUGCCAGGACCAGGCAGACACAACCGGUCAGAACUGGAUGUUAGCUGGUGUGACGUACGGGACCCCGUGUGACGAGCGUGCCCCCAACACAUUUGUCAACGUCACCAAGAAUCUGGAGUUUAUCUUGGCAAACAUGGCUUAAUGGGACAAACAAAAAGUGACGUGGGACCCUGUGGAUUAUCAACGUGGAGUCAGACACAGCAGAGAACAGCUAUGCGCCAAAGUUAGACACCCAUGUUGUAAUUCCUACAGGCUAAUAAUUGAAAUAAAAUGCAGACAAAA